GAUACAGAUAAUAAGGAUUUUCCUUCAUUCAUUUCUAAUUGAAGGGGAAAGGUCGUCCAUGCAUAGAUCCCACAUGUUCAACCCAUCGUAAUAUGCAUUGUAAACGUGGUAUGGGCAUGUUAAUGGUUUUUUUUGGGGGUGUAUUAAUGCACCCACUUUGUGGACAUACUGAAUGGACCAGCAUGCACGAAAUGGUCGGCAGCCAGAGGAUAACAGGAGUUGUGCUUUUUUGUUUAGCCCUUCUACCACGAAGCCUACACGAAUCUAUCUGAAAUCAUUGAUUGAUCAAGAUCAGGCGGAACAUGGCGGUAUUUCAUAGGAUUGGUGAAACAGUGGUGAUACUUACACUUAUGAUUUCAUUAUCUACCAAAGGUGGGGUGGAUUCUUACAAUGUACUCCUGUCUGCAAACUUCGGAGACGGUAGUCACUACAUCGCCAUGAGGGCUAUAGGUGAAAGCCUGAUGAAGAAAGGACACGAAGUGACUUUUCUCGUCGCCAAAGGCUUUCCACACCCAUCCAUUCACAGUGAAGACUUCGAAAAGUUCCAUUUCGAACGAUUUAAUCUCCCAGGCCUCAAGGAAACACUCGAGGAUGCUUAUGCUAAGCUGAGUUACUUGACUAUCUCAGACAGAGGGGGUGAUGAAAUAUCCGAACUGAUGGAAACCUUCCAAAAUCUUAACAGAGAUGCUUGCAGUGUUGUAUUCAAAGACAGUGCUCUUCUGGAGCGCUUAUCAACUUUCGAUGUUUUCGUGUUCAACAUCAUCUGGCCAUGCAGUGUUUAUGUCAAGUCAUACCUUGAGCGUCAGAAGGGCGUAAGAGACAUUCAAAUUGUAGCAUUUUCAAACACAAAUAUUAACCCAUAUGUCUUAUGGGAAGCAGCUUCUCCGUUCUUCCCAUCAUUCCAGCCUUCACCAAUGAGUAGGUUGACACCGAGAAUGAACUUCUUCGAACGCCUCAGGAACACCCUGACAUAUCUGUCGAUGAUUCACAAAUUUCGAAGAACUGUUAUUUCAGAACCGUUCGGUGAUCUGAUAGAUGAAUACGACUUGGAUCCAUACCUUCGAAUUGCAAUGAAUAACCAUGUCAAUCUAUAUUUAGUCCACACUGAUUUUUCGAUUGACCCACCGUUUGCUAUGACUCCCAGUGUUAUUCCUGUUGGUGGACUUACAGCCAGAGCUGCAAAAGCACUAGACAAUGACGUAGAAGAAUUCAUGAAAAGCUCUGGAGAUGAUGGCGUUGUUGUAUUUUCACUAGGAUCAUACUUCUCUACUCUAACAACAGUUCUACCUGAAAUUCCAAGGAUGUUUCUCGAAGCCUUCGCGAAAAUUCCACAGAAGGUCAUCAUCCUAUCGAAGGUGGGUCUUGUAAAAGGUCUACCUGAAAACGUUAGGGUGAUACCAUGGCUGCCACUCAAUGAUCUGCUUGGGCACUCUAAAACACGCCUUCUCGUCUACCAUGGAGGAUCAAGUGGAAUCUUUGAAGCAGUGUACCAUGGCGUUCCUCUCGUUGUUAUGCCUUUAGGUGGAGACCAGUCUGACAUCGCCGUCAGAGUUGUAUCUAAGGGAAUAGGUGUCCAACUAGAUAAAGAUACUCUCACGGCAGAGAACAUUUAUGAACGGGUAACUGAAGUCCUAAGCCAACCCGAGUAUUCCGAAUCAAGUAAACGCAUUUCCGCCAUCUUGAGAGAUCGACCAAUGACUGCAGCUGACACAAGCGCGUACUGGAUCGAGCACAUGAUUAAACAUGGUGUUGAUUAUCUCAGACCAUCGUCUCUUGAUCUACCUUUUUACCAGCUUUACCUUAUUGAUGUUUUCUUGUUCUUGUUCGCACUUAUCUUCAUUGUUUGUUGGAUUUUUGUAAAAGCUCUAAAUGCAUAUUUUCAAAGAAAAUCAUCACGAAAGCUGAAAAGGUUAUGAUUCUGACACAGUUUGUACAUCUAAGAUCGGAAUGUUUUUAUUCAAUUUGCUGCUUAUAGACACCCCAUAUUACCGUAUUUAAUGAAAUGGCUCAACUUCUUCAGACUAAGUCUUACAGUUUCUCUCUGAAGACAGAUUUCCAUAGGGUUUCAUUGUUGAUUCUUUCUUCCUUGGCUAAUUUAAUUGACGUGUGCAAUAUAUAAUGUCAUCUUGAAUACAUGCUAUGGAACAGACUUCCUGAAAACCACAAAAAUUGUAUCUCUGUUGAGUCUGUCAAAGAUGUUCUUAAAACCUUCUUUAUUACUUCUUCUCUUUUAUAUGCCUUGAACACUCCAAAGUGUGUAUUGGAUCCGAUCAUCAAUAUCAUUUUCCUUGUUUUAUAUUUAUUUAAUUGAUAUUCACAUUUCAUCUCUUUCAAAGACAGAAUUCACAUAUUUAUAAUGUACACAUUUUCAACAA